UUCCCUUCUAUGACGAAUCUAUCGCUCCAUACCUUACCUAUGCGGUGAAACCAGAGUGGCCCGGUCGUUAGGAUGCGUUUCUGCUACAUUAAGGUUUAUUUUGAAGGGAUUACGAAUACCAAGUGAUUAUCUAGAAUUUAUAUAAGACGAAGGAUGCCGCAAUGAGUAGGACAGUAAGAGGUGUUCCCCGAGCCUUAAACGACCAUCAUUAUGAGACUCUCUCCGUUGCUUUUGGUCCCCUUCUUAUUCCAGGUGGCCACUGCCGUUAUCAAUGUCACCACUGUUUCCACCACUAUCACCAACCCAACCCCAACCAACCUCUGUAACUCCUUUGUUACUUCCGGUGGUCUGGGUCUGCUUGCCUGGCUGGCCACGGCUGAUUUCUAUGCCGCUUCUACCACCGAUAUUGCUGUUUUAGGAAAUGGGGUGAGAACAUACACGUACAUGGUACAGUGGUUCUUUACCUUCGACGAUCCGUUGGAAGCCACUGGCUUUGACGUCAGUUCAUUGACCGCCGCUGUUUCUGCGCUCACCACUCUCAAUGUGGUUGUUAACCCUACCCAGGGUGGCUUCCUCCUUUCUUACAAUGAUACUGUCACCUACCCGAUUGUGCUCGGCGUGGAUCUUACUGAUGGGCUCAACUGUUUCGACUCCUUGAUCGGCUACACCACGAGUUUCACGGGUGGGGCAAAUCCUACCACAAUCAUUUUGGGGUCCGCAGAAUUCUGGCUUAACCCAAUUAACGGCUUGACUUGUACCCUUGACACCGUUACCUCGAGCUGCAUCGCUUUGGGUUACCCAGUGUUCAGUACUUGUAUGACUUGGGGCACGUGUACGGGUACCACGCCUCCUCCUAGCGUCGUAACGGCCACUCUCACUUCCAUUCAGUCUGAUGGAUGUACGGUGGUUGAAGAGAUCCUUGAAUCUGCUUACACUUAUAGCACCGUGGUACUCCAGACGAAUGUCGUCACCCUCUCUCAGGUCAGCACUUAUAUUUCAGCAUCGACUACUAUCUUUGGGGUUCCUGUUUUAAAUACCUUCCAAACUACGAUAUUUAAUACUGUGACCCAAACAGCCACUCAAACCGCGUUGGUUGGUACUGUUUCUACUUCGUUGAUUACCGCUAUUACUCUGUGCUCAGCCUCAAGCUCUUCGAGCUCCGUUGCCCCAAGCACUUCAUCGAGUUCUUCUGUUGCUCCAGCAUCAUCUGCUGCCCCAACUUCUUCAGCCGCUCCAGUUUCGUCUGCUGCUCCAACCUCCUCCUCUGCUCCAGUUUCGUCUGCUGCUCCAACUCCGCUGCUCCAGUUUCGUCUGCUGCUCCAACCUCCUCCGCUGCUCCAGCCUCCUCCGCUGCUCCAACUUCCUCUUCUGCUCCAGCUUCGUCUGCUGCUCCAACUUCCUCCGCUACUCC